CCACGAUGAGAUGGCUAGGCUACAAUUUCCUAAUUUGAAUGCAGGGAUCACUUUGGUAGGUCAAGCAGUUGGGGUACCAGUAGCAUGGCAUAAACAUCUUAUUAUCGACGAAAAAGAGAAAGCAAGAAGAUAUUGAGGCGAUGAUACCUUCUACUCAACAUCCACAACCCCCAAAGCUUCCGCGUGUAGAGCCAUUGACACAAGAGCUAGUGUCAAUCUCUCAUAAUGAUUCGACAUCUAUGUCAAGCAAUUUGACCUCUUUAUUGAAGUUUGUAUCACCAUGGGAUAAUGACUACCACAAGAAGAUUAAUAUCCCAUCGCAUGUUUUUGGAUACAACACGAUUGCUACGCUUUUCAAUGAUGAUGUGACACAAUUUUACAACAUGGACAAGAUUGGGCAAACUCCAAUGAUAUUGUAUUUGAGGUUGUUGGAUGAUAUACUACAUACCAAUGGGUUGGAUCAUUUGUACGCAUUUCAGCAUCUAGGUGAAGUUAGUGUAGGUCAUGAGAAUAAGCGUGCCCAAGCACUUAAAGAUCGAUAUAUUCAAAUGGGCGAGAAUCACUUCCUUAUUUGUCCCUGGAAUAACAAUGAACAUUGGAUGUUAUUGCUAUUUCAACCUCACUCACAUUCAGUGGCGUUCUUGGAUCCCAUUAACCUUCAAUUACGCAUUGAGAUUAAAAAUAUAGUUAGGCUUGCUUUCACGUUAUAUCAUACGGAAAAAGGAAAAAGAGUUGUAAGUCUAAAGUAUUAUAGUCCAAAAUGCCGACAACAACCAAAAACCACAGAGUGCGAUUUACCAUAUACUGACGCUAAACUUAAUGAAGUUCAGGAAGAGUGGGCAAAAUAUAUUCUACUGCAACUCGCUAAAUGA